GGCUGCGCGGGCGCGGAGGAGCCGCGGGGGGGCCGGGCCGGGGAGGGCUCUGGUUACGCUCCGCGGGGAGGCUGGGCUCACACACACCCCCCCCCCCCCCCCCCGGGCACUCCGCGCAACGAUUCUCAGCCGAGACAAUAGCAAAUAUCGGCGUUUAUUUGCGCAGGGGCCGCCCAGGGCUCCCCGUGUGCGCGGCCUGCGCCGCCGCGGAGCCGUGGCCUGAGCGCGGGGGGAGCGGGGCGGGAGGAAAACACGGGCCGGGGUCCGCGCAAAAACGCGAGCCGGGGUUUAAAGUUGCUCCCGAUACACGCCGGAGAGUGGUUAAUUUGUAGGAGAAACGGCUCCGCCUGUCGCUGGCACAGCCAACAGUCCCGGAUAGGUUUUAAGCUCGUGGAACGGGGGUUUGGGUGGAAUCGGCAGGAGAAAUCAUGAAAUCGGGGUGCAGGGACCCUCUGGAGGAGGGGAGAGGCCCUGCGAGGCCGUGCGGGGGGCCCGUCGCGUUUCAGCGGUGCGGAACCCACGUCUGAGCCUUCGGGAGCUCUGGGAUUUCUUCGGGAACGCGCUGAAGGUCUUGUUCCCCCUCCCGCAGGCUCACGCCAUGGGCACGGCCAGCCACAGCGUCCUCCUCCUCCAGCAGCUGAACAUGCAGCGGGAGUUCGGCUUUCUGUGCGACUGCACAGUUGCCAUUGGAGAUGUUUACUUCAAAGCCCACAGAGCGGUGCUCGCUGCUUUUUCAAACUAUUUUAAGAUGAUAUUUAUUCAUCAGACAAGCGAAUGCAUAAAGAUUCAGCCUACAGACAUCCAGCCUGACAUAUUCAGUUACUUGUUGCAUAUCAUGUACACUGGGAAAGGACCCAAGCAGAACGUCAGCCAGAGCCGACUGGAGGAGGGCAUCCGCUUUCUCCACGCAGACCACCUCUCCCAUAUCGCGAUCGAGAUGAACCAAGUGUUCUCCCCAGAGCCGGUCCAGUCGUCAAACCUGUACGGGAUCCAGAUCUCGAGCGCACACAAACCGGCGAAGGAACGCCUGGGAGCGAAGGAGAGCCUGCCCAAGGCGGGGGGCAGGUCCGCUGCCCAGGGCGAGCACCCGCAGCUGCAGCUCUCCCUGGCCAUCGGCCUGGACGACAGCUCCCUGGACCAGCAGGUCGCUCGCCCGCCCGCUCAGCCCGCUGCUCUCGCCAAGCCGGCAGAAGAGCGUCCGAAGCUCUCGGUCUCCAUAAAGCAGGAGAGGUGCGACUCGGAGCCCGUGGUGUCCCAGAGCUGCACCCCUCCUUCUCCGGAGGUAGCAAGCCCCGUCCUCGCGAAGGCCAGCCUCAGGGUGCACUUGUGUCACUACUGCGGGGAGCGUUUUGACUCCCGGGGGGGCCUGCGGCAGCACUUGCACACCCACGUCUCGGGCUCGCUGCCGUUCGGCGUGCCGGCCUCCAUCCUGGAGAGCAGCGACCUGGGGGAGGUGCAGCCUCUGGCUGAGGACAGGGAGGCUGGGGACGGCCACCGGCUCGGCGCCUUCCUCCUCAAGGACGACGAGCACCCGAGCUGCAGCGACCUGGAGCCCCUGCAGAUCGGCCAGCUCUCCCUCAUCUCCAAGGACCACGAACCGGUGGAGUUGAACUGUAACUUUUCUUUCUCGAGAAAGAGAAAAAUCAGUUGCACCAUCUGCGGCCGCACGUUUUUCCGGAAGAGCCAGCUGCUCGAACACAUGUACACGCACAGAGGGAAACAGCACAAAUACGGCCGCUGCCAGCGGCUGGAGAGCCCCACCACCCCCAGGUUUCAUCCCUACUGUGACAGCGAGAGCGUGGGGAAGAGCUCCGGCUUAUCCCAAGACCACUUGGAUGAAUGUAUACUGGAGUCGGAUCUCAUCCAAGAAAGCGUUGAUACGAUCCUGGUAGAGUAGCUCUGCCCCUGUGUAGCCUUCAGAUGCUGAAAGUCUGGAUAUUGUGGCAUUUUCCACCUAGUAAGCGGCUGCCCCCCUCCGCAGCUGAUUUUCUUCAACCACCAUUCCCAUCACCUCUGAGAUAACUGUGAAGAACUGCAUACUUUGAUUUGUGUGCUUGCUUUUUUACUUCUAAAACUUUAAAACUCAAGCUAAUUCCCAUCUAAGUCCUUCUUGGAAGCCUCUGUGUAACUCAGUUAUAUUUUUUGUAAAUGCAAACUUACUCCUGCUCCGCUUUACUAAAGUUAAGACCAUAUUGCUAGGUGUGAGGUUUAAGCAUCGUCUAAUGCGCUGUGCAGUGCCUAGGACUGUUUGUGUCCUGUAGAAUUGCUCUUCUGAAACUAGAUGGAAGUGUAGAGGGAAAUAUGUAUUGUGUUUCUCAAACAGUUUGUUUUUGAUUAAAAUAAAUAUCUCAAGGAGAUGAAUCCUGAA